GCGCCAGCAUGGUCCCGGCACUCAUAGUAUGUGGAUGGUGAUCAGGUACUGUUAUUUGGCAUCCUGGCGUAUAUAGAGAAGAUUGUUUCCGUGUAAGAAGGUUGGAAAGCUUGUCUGAAGUUUGUAAACAUUUUUGACAUCAUGGUUAAGUCAACGUCUAUUCUUCUUUCGCUGGCUGCUUCGGCGGUCGCAGCUCCAACCUGCACAUGGUCUUCGUGGAAGAACGUCAAGAAUCUCUUCAUCUUCGGUGACAGCUACACACAGACUGGCUUCGACGUCAAUGGCACACAGCCAAGUGUCGGAAACCCCUUCGGCAACCCACCAUUCCCCGGCUGGACAUCUUCCAACGGUCCCAACUGGGCAGGCUUCCUUGCCACAACCUACAAUGCCAGCUUCAUCAAAGCCUACAACCUCGCCUACGGCGGCGCCACCGUCGACUCCGCCCUCGUGACCCCGUACGCCCCCACCGUGCUCUCUCUCAAGGACCAAGUCGAGCUCGAGUUCACUCCGCGCUACGGCUCGCACCCCAAAGACACCCCCUGGACGUCCAAAGAUUCGCUCUUCGCCUUCUUCAUCGGCAUCAACGACGUCGGCAACUCGUGGUGGCUCAACAACGCCACCCUGUACGACGCCAUUUUCAAGCGCUACGACGCGCUGCUGGAGCAGGUGUACACGACCGGCGCGCGCAACUUCCUGUUCCUCGCGGUGCCGCCCGUGCAGCUCGCGCCGCUGACGCUGAGCAAGGACGACGGCGGCUACGCCGUCGAGACCGAGGGCAAGGUCAUCCAGGACUGGAAUGCGCGACUCAGCGCGCUGACCAAGGCGUUCAAGAAGAAGCACGCCGAUUCGAAUCUGUUCGUGCACGACACGUACAAGGUCUUUGCGGACGUGAUUGCGAACCCUAAGGCUUACCCGCAGACGAGCGGGCUGAAGAACGUGACCGGGUUCUGCACGGCGUACGCCAACGGCACGCCGACGUGGUACACCAAGGACCCCAGCUGCGCGUACGCGGUCAACGAGUACCUGUGGCUCAACGACCUGCACCCGACGUUCCCCGUGCACAACGCGACGGCGGCGAGUGUAGCGAAGUUCCUGGGCUCGCAGAAGUGUUAGUAGACAUUCGGCUGCGUAGAAUGCAUGCAAAUCCAACAGACAGCUUCCUUUUUCAUGAGACUCGCUGUUGCUGUGAAUGUGCCCCGUGAACUCGUCGGGGAUUAGGAGAGAGCCGAUGGGCUGCGGAAAUGAAUGCCGCUGAGUAGUACACAGCAGAUGUUCGUUCCGAUUCCGCAGCUGCGUGUACGACCACGCAUGUGAAUAUGCCAUGCCAUGCACUGCCAUGCUGUCCUUUGGCUCAUAUGUGAAGCGAAGGGACACUACUUGCGUCACAGACGAGGUAUGAUGAUACUGUGCAGGCAUGUCAGGAAGAGGAGAGGAGCGUAGUGAUGUAUUCUGGUGCGUUUGUGGCAGGGUGACAUGUGCAGACUUCUAUUGCACACCGAAAGGCGUUGAAAAUGUC